AUGUCCGGUUCCACAGCUCGAGGCAUAGCUGUCCUCGUGCUCUCGUCGGUAGCAAACGUUUAUGUGCGGUUUGUGUCGGCGGGGGAGUCUCCCGGGAACGCAACCGCCGCCGAAUGUAGCACACCGUUGUCGUCGGCAAGGGCGUCCUCCUCUCCUGAGGGCGGAUGGAAAUCAGCUGCUUGCGCGCUCUUGCCGCCUCCAUUUCGCAGGAUCUCGUCGUGGUCUGUUUCCGACGGCCAGCCGUCCUCGGCAGACCUGGGAUCGUCGCCCAACUAUGACGACGCGUCAACUGCUGUGACCCCCUUUGUCUACUUACUAUGUGCGCUUGUUCUGGCUGAUGGCAUCGUCGCCGUCUUGAAGCACCUACGGCGCCUCUAUAAACAUCGGCGGCAAAAGGCUUCUCUAGUGGGGAGGAAAACUGGCACGUCCGCUACGCAGCGGUCCGCUGGAGAAGACGCAGCUGAGGCAACCCUCCGGCCCCGGGGUGGAGAGAAAGGAACAGGUGUAGGAACAGAUGGGCCGUUAGGACUGACUCGCGAGCAGUCUGCUGAUCGUCAUCCUGGGGAUCGAAACGGAAGAGACGCGUCGCCGCCGGCGCCGGAGCCCGGCGCUGCACAGAGAGACGAAGAGGAGACGUGUAGAAACCUGGAGUCGCAACUGCAGCAACUCCGCGCAGAACUGGCUAGCGCGUGCAAGGGAGGCACAGCAAACUUUGUCGCCCAAGCGAAACUGCAAAGGCGAAUCAUCCGUCUGGAGCAGCAGCUGGCAGAUGCGCAAAAACAACGGAAGACGGCCGACUUCUUGGAAGAGCAGGAGCACCAACAGCCUGAUAAGAGCUUCCUGACAAAGUUCUCAGGACUUGGAGGGCGUAACUCAACGCUCGUUGGGGGACUCGAAAGCGCCGCAGCGCAACUGGGCAACCGCCUUGCUGCCUCAGUUGCCGCAUCCCUUUUCAAGGUACGCCGGUCCACGUGGUCCGCUGAGACAGGCCUUUCUCUGAAACAGAAGAUCCAGAGGAGGCACUCGUUCAGGAGUGGGUUUUCUCCCUUCCGUGUGGCGCUGUGCGCCUGCAACUCUACGGUCUUUCACAAGUUGGCGCGCAGCUCGUACACUUGCCAUGUACCACAGAUUGCAGAGCCUUUUCCUAGCGAAGGGACAAAGGGAACCUUUUUCACAGGCUUUCUGCGAAACUGCACUCUGCGAAACUGCAGGAGGUCCAUUUGUUUUUCCAGCCUGAAAAUGGUGUAA